AUGCGUCCUAAGCGAUGUACAGUUCACAAGUCGAAUGUCACCCAAUCAAAAGACAUGGUUUACCCGGCCCAGGUGUGCGGCCCGAGUAGCCGAGGCGACAGGCCUACACGAGACUGGCACGAAGCCCCUCGUGCGCUGCGGCCGUCAAGUCUGGUUGGUGUGCGCGCCAGAUCGAGUGCAGAAACUGCUAAUCGUCAGACUCAGCUUGGAUACGGGCGUCUUCUGUGCAAUUUGCCAAUGCGUCUGGUGAUCCAAGAUGACAGUCAGCACAAUUGA